AUGAUCGGCCCGCUGACCACCACCAUCCAGCCGGUACCUCCCCUGACGCUUUCUUCAACUGCAAGGCAGCUUCCUUGGCUAUCAAACGAUCGACAAUGCAGUGUAGGAACAGCAUAG